AUGGGCGCCUCGGUGAGCGAGGAAAAGGAGGUGAUCAGCAGUGAGGCCAAGGAGACGGAGGUGAAGGAAGCCUUACAGAAUGCGGCCAAGCUGCUAGCAAGCCUGGUGGAGAAGCAGAAGGCUUGGGAGGACCCCAGCUUCCCGCCUGGACAAGGCGCCCUUUGCCACGAUUGGCAGGCGUUGCCAAAGGCGAAGUCCGGCCGAUUUGCCACGCUGGUGUGGUGCCGUUGCGAGGAGGCCAUGGGAGCCAAGCAGGUGCCCAUUUUCCCAUCAACAGGGCCAGUGCCCACGGACGUGCGCCAGGGCAUGCUCGGGGACUGCUACUUUCUGGCAGCUCUGAGCUCCAUCGCAGAGGCUCAGCCUGAGUUGCUGCAGCAGGUUGUCUACUCUUCGCGAGAUGGCUUGAGUGCUGGCGUGUGCAUUUGUCGUCUCAGCCGUUCUGGCCAAUGGGUGCAGGUGCCGGUCUCUCACAGCCUUCCCUGUCGGCGGGAGGCGCUGCAGCUGGCGCCAGAGAUGCGGCAGAAGCAGGCCCAGGAGGGUCAGGUCUUCGCCUUCUCCUCCAGCUGCUCCCAGUCCCUGUGGGUGCCUCUCUUGGAGAAGGCAUGGGCCCGACUGAAUGGAUCCUACCAGGCAGCCGAGCGAGGAGAUGCUGCGGAGGCGUUGGCUGCGCUAACGGGCGCCCCGGCGCAGCAGUACAGCCUGCGCUACCACGCCAGCCCCAGCGAGGAGGGCUGGUGGCCGUUUUCCUCAAUCAUGGCCUUGUGCCCUGGGACCAUCACGACCCCCAUGCGAUUUCAGCUGGGCCUGGCGCAGCUGGCGCUGGCGCACGUGGAGGUCAGCCUGGACCUGGCUGCUUGUGAUCAGCGAUGGCGUAGGGAUGAGGCUUUGUCGCAGCUUUACUUGCGCCUCUCGCAGUGGGACCGUGAAGGAGCGCAGCAAAGUCAUAAUUUCUAUGAUGUGUCCACAAGCUUCAUGCUGCUUGCCCGCGGGGCCUCCUUCGCGCGGUUGCCCACUCCGGCCGAAGAGGCCGUCAUGGAGCCAAAGAUCCGCGCGCGGCUGCUUGCAACUUUAGCUCACCUAGGUGGCUACCCCGAGCGCUGUGGGGUUUGCGUGGCGGCUCUUGACCCCUCUAAAGAGGCCAUCGCCAGCUUGCGGCCAGGCGAAGCCAGGGAGUUGGCGCAAGACGGCGCUGAGCACAUGCGGCAGAGGCUUCCCCCUGGCAAGUACUGCCACGCCUGGGCAUUGGACCGGCGGCCCUGGGACGAUCUCCAGGUGUCGCCCCUGGAGAUCCAGGAGCACUUCGCCCGGGAGGUGGUCUACGGGAAGAGGGUGCUGCUGCUGGGUGCCACGCCCAACCAGCAGCUGGCCCAAGCCCUGCGCUUUGCCGCGCAGGUGUCGGCUGCGGGGGUAGAUACAUCCACACUGUUUCAACGCUCUGACGACUUCCUUGAAGACCUUGCCGGACUGCUUGCCAACGUGGACUUGUUCCUGCUCGUAGGCCUCCCACCUGGCUUGGGGGCGUUGAUCUCCCUCCAGGUUACCUGCCGAUUCGGGGUGCAGGCCUUGGAUGCAGGGCCCUUGGCGCUCACGGCAACGCCUGGCCCGCGGCCAGGGCCACCACUGCAGACCCCGAAAGCCGAGGAGUUUGAGGAGCCACGAGGCCUGCGGCCAGCUUCACAGCGCCACAGCCUGAAUGGCCCUUGGCAGGUCCAGGUGACGCUCGACUCGGCCACGCCAGGGCAGCUGCAGGAAGAGGCCUGGCAGGCCAUGGAGGUGCCUUUUGCGCCGCAGUCUCACAGAGGCCUCGCCACUAAGAUCUCGGCAGUGGAAGCGGUGUGGUACCGGCGAGAGCUUCUGCUGGAUGCUGCCUGGUGCACGGGCGGGCUUCUCCAGCUGCACGUGGAUGCCUGCGACUGGGAAUGCGCUUUCUACCUGGGCUCUGUAUCUUUGGGCGUCCACCGGGGCGGCUACGACCCCUUCCGCCUGGACCUGCCGGCUGCGGUUUGCGGGCAGAGGACUUGGCUGAUGGUCCGGGCCUGGGACCCCACGGAUGAGGGUUGCGCCUUUACGGACCACCCACCGGUGCCCUGCGAAGCAUGCUGUGAGACCGGCUGGCAGCCUCGCGGUAAGCAAGCGUUAAAGCCUGGGUCCAUCAUGUACACUGCUGUGACAGGGCUGUGGCGCCAGGGAUUGUGGAUUGAGAAGCUGCCUUUGUGCCACAUCGCCGAGCUGAGCUUCGACGUCCCAGCGCCGAGCCUGGUGGAAGUGAGCAUUUCCUCCUCGUGCGGCGAGCAGAUGGUUGUGGAGGUUCUCAGUAGCGGUCGUUCUCUGGGCCGUGCCUCUGGGCCCUGCUGCAGCUUGCAGCUGGUCCUUGACGAGGAGCUGAAGCCCUGGUCCCCCGAGGUGCCACAGCUCUACGACCUCAUUGUGGCGAUGGGGUCCGACCUGCUGCGCACCUCCCUGGGCCGGCGCCAUGUGGCAGCCAGCGGCGGGCUCAUGCAGCUCAACGGCCAGGCGGUCUUCAUGCACGGAGUUUUGUACCAGGGCUACUGGCCCGAGUCUUUGCUUACGCCGCCGGACUCCAACGCCAUCCGAAGAGAUCUCCAGGCCAUCAAGGCUGCUGGCUUCAACACGGUCCGGGUACAUGCAGUGGUGAUGGGCGCCGACUUUUAUGCUUUAUGCGAUGAGCUGGGCCUGCUGGUGUGGCAGGACAUGCCUGCUGGGGACAUGAGAGCCAUGCCGCUGUGGUCUGACAGUCGGGCCAUAGCCGAAGAGACUGGCGCGGGCGCUGGCGUCAGGCUCGAGGAGAUCAGGCGCAGCGAGGCCAGCCGCAGCACCUUCCGGCUGGAGCUGGAGGCGAUGCUGCGCUGGCUGCGACCCUUCCCCUCCAUCGUGGCCUGGGUGCUCUUCAACGAGGGCUGGGGCCAGGCGGAGACGGCCGCUACCGUUGAAUGGGUGCGCGAAGCUGAUCCAACUCGGCUGAUUGAUGCGGCCUCUGGAUGGAAUGAGCUUGAGCCUUUGGGGCACUUCGCGGAUAUCCACAACUACGAAGACAACUCUUCGAUCUUUGGACCUUUGCCAGAGAGCUUCCUGAACUUUGCCGCUUGGGGCUACAAUGUUUCAGGCCGUAUUCCAGUUCUUGGCGAGUACGGUGGCCUGGGGUGCGCCAUCGACGGACAUCUUUGGUCACAUACUGCAUGGGGCUACGGCGACAAAGAGGUGAAUAGAGAUGUCGAAGUGUUGGCCGUGGGCUUGGAGAAGCUGCUGGGGCGUUUGGCGCAAGCCAUUUGCAUGGGCGUGGGAGCGGCGAUCUACACACAGUGGAAUGAUGUGGAGACCGAGGUGAAUGGGUUGCUUACCUAUGACCGGCACAUGAAGCUUCCACUGGAGUUCUUCCAAGAGUUCAGCGCCAGAGUCAUGGCUGCGUUCCAGCACUGCGGCCCGACCGAAGGGCAGAGCUUGAGCAAAGGCCUGAGCCUUCAAGGCCCGGAGCGGGACACCAAGGAGAAGGUAUGGCAGGCGCUGGAGGGCGCCACGAAAAAGCGGCAGCCCAUGUGUGCCAGCUGCCAAGGCAAGAAGAAGCCACCACCUGUAGAAGAAGGCUUUUUCGCCCGCCUCUUCUCUCAGGCCCCACCAGCAGUAGAGGUUAAAGAGGAGAGCGAUUACGAGGAGGACCAGGUGGACGAGGUGACAGGCCUCGUGGGAGCCCAUUGUUACACCGUCCUCUCUGCUGUUGAGGCGGCCGCAAAUGGCGGCAAGAGUUGGUUUCGUACAGAGCGGUGGCUGCGCUUGCGGAACCCGUGGGGGACCGGCAGAUGGAAAGGUCCAGGGCGGAAGCCAGGGAUCUUGCCCUUUGUCGACUGCGACCUUGGCAAGGAUGCCCGCAGGAGGCCAGAGGCCAAGCCCGACGAGCAGGAAGGUCCGGAGGGGCCUCUUCAAGAAGUAGAUGCUGGUACCUUUUGGAUCCGCUUUGCAGACUUUUGCGAAGAGUUUUCCACGGUGGGAGUGUCGAAGUACCGCCCUGGCCACGUGUCUUCUCUUUGCCGCUUGGCGCCUCAGGCCGGCAAAGCCUCGCAGGCGAACUGCACGCUGGAGCUGGUUGCGGAGGGCCAGAAGCCCUGUGAGGUGGUGGUGUCCGUGAUCCAGGAGUCAGAUGAGCCCUUCAACCGAAACAAGCGGCGGAAGUACUCGGCUGCGCGCAUUGAGUUGCUGGAGUUCACCUCACCAGGCAGCCCGGGCGGCGCGGCGACGCAAUGCACACAGGGAGCUCGGCACGUAGCGUCCUCCUCCUUCGCUAUGCAAAGGGAGGUUGUCUUGGAGGCGAAUCUGAAGCCAGGGGUGACGUACUUGGCGGUGGUUCAUUGGCUCCAAGCCACGCCGCCGCAAAGUUGGAACAGCGAUUGCACGCUGCGGGUCUACGCGCCCUGCCGGGCCAAGCUGUGCCCAAACGUGUCUUCCAACCAAGCGCGGCGGGAAGCCUACGAAGCGGCCGCCAUGGGGCCACGUGGCAAGUGCCUCAAAGAGGAACAAGGGGCGCAGCUCCGUUGCUGGAGCGACCGCGAGGCGGGCACCGUUGUGCUGCUGCUGGACGCCACCAGUGCUCCAGCGGGCCUCCUGGCCUCGGUGAGCUGGACACUGCAGAACGCCCUGCUGCAGCCGCAUUUCCCAGACUGGGCUGGCAGCGUUCAAGCCGCGGGCGUCGCUGAGAAGCACGUGCAGGUGGUGGAGCUUCAGCCAGGUCAACGCCAGCUGACGGUGGUGUCGUGGCUUGACCCCAACAAGGCGUUCUCAGCCAGCUAUAGCUGGCAGGCUGCAGCCGAACCCUGUGCUGAAUGCAGCGCGCCUGUUGGCACGGCCGUGCCUGGGCGCUUCAGCGGCGCAUACCACAAGCUGGACACGGGUGCAGUUCAUGAGGAGUGCUAUGCCAGCUACAUGCAGCGCACUGCGCAGCGGUGCAUUCACUGCGCCAAGCCCGUCGCACAGAUCAACGGCUUUGGAGGCAAGUUCUUCCAGUUUGAGGCACAGAAGCUGGGCGACCACCCUGGAGGUGCGGUGCAUGCCGAGUGCUGCGAAGCAUUCCAGCGGAAAUUUGCCCAGCGCUGCCUCCAGUGCGGCCAGCACGUGAUGCGGAUUGAGGGCAAGUACAGCGGACAGCACUUCAAUUACAAGGAUGGGCACUACGGCCGACACGGUGAAGGGCCGGUUCAUGAGGAGUGCCAUGGUGCUUUCCUGCGGAAGUGGGCCCCAAGCUGCGCCCACUGCAAGGAGCCGCUGGUCAAAAUGGGCGGGUUCAGUGGGCAGAUCUUUGAGAUAGGUCCUUCCGCCAAGAAGGUGCAUGAAGAGUGCCUCGCUGAGUUCCAGGGCAAAUAG